GGUCGGAGACAAAGAAAGGGUCUUCUGAGCCGCAAGAUGGGCAAGUAUCCUAAGUUGGGACGGGACCAACAGAUUGCUUCGAUGUUAGCGUCGAGAGAGAUUCCGGGUUUCCCGGACCUCGAGGAAUUGCUGGCCCAGAUUCGGAUAACGAACCGCGGCCUUUCCGUUAUCUUCCAGGCCCAAAGCAUGACGUGGCGCGUAGUUACUUGACUGUUGUGGAUCCGGUGCGGCGG